AUGGAAACGGCCGUUAUGAAUCACACAGGUCCGAAGGAAAUGGUUCGAAGUGCGAAUUUGGGUUUGGAAACCAUCGUUGCAGUUGCAGUUGCCUUCAGUUUGCCGAUUGUCGCUCAGGCGGAUUCAACGUACCAUGACAUGAGUGAAUACAGACGAAUGCCAAAAUUGUACCAAUACGAUAGUUACGAAAAUUGUAUGCAAUCAAAACCAGCGGCCACCUUUUGUGUAGUGAAAACUGUUGUGAAACCGGAUAACAAAUCGGAAAUCUGGGAAAUUAUAGAAUACAUUAUCAACGAUUGGUUGCUACCCAAUAUUAGUGCACUCCGUCAGCAGCAUGGAUCUGUUAUUAAUAUUUGCCAGAAUUACAAGUUACAAACUGAAUAUAAUCUCUCGUCAUUUUCCGAAAUUGAGUACUGUACGACCGGCGAAAUUGGUGCACGAACCUACGAAUCCAACCUUCUGACGGCCUUCUCUGUUCGGCGAAACAUUCAUAGACUGACGGAAGCUCCUCCAGACAAUCAAUUUCAGCAAGAUCUCGGUUUUCUGGACGCGGUACGCGUACUGGCGAUGACCAUCGUGAUAUUUUCGCAUGUACUUAUUGGAGAACGCAUGACCACCAGCCAAACUCCAGAAUUAGCGGAAAUUGCAGAUUCCAUGUCGGUAACGCAAAUCUUCGCUGCCAUUUGUCCUUAUACGGUCAACAUUUUUCUGGCCGUAAGUGGCUUUCUACUGGCUGUGUUUUUCAUAAGGUACACCGAGAACAAGCGAUUCAACUUGAACCAGCUCUGGAUGGGUGUGGUGAAUCGUUACUUACGUUCCUUUCCGGUCUAUCUGAUGGUGAUGCUGUACACGGUAUCGGUGUCCGAUUUGCUGCAGUACAGUCCGUCGGCCUAUCAGUUUAUGGUGCUUUCGAAAGCCGCUUGUCGCGGCAAGUGGUGGAUUAAUUUUCUCUAUAUCAGUAACUACUAUCAACCGCAGGAGCUGUGUCUGAUCCAUACCUGGUAUUUGUCGGCAGAUUUUCAACUUUUCGUCAUCGGGCUUGCAGCUAUGAUGGUCAUGUGGCGUUAUCCUCAGUCCUGGAAAUGGAUCAUGGGUACACUCUUUGGUGUUGGAUUUGCCCUUCCGGCCAUUAGGACCUAUGUUUUUGCACUGGAUGCGAUGAUGCCCAUUUCUAACAAAGGACACCACCUUCGUCUAUGGUAUGAGAGACUGUACGUGGAUUUCUACCAGACCACUGACGUCCAUUGUGCCAGUUAUUUUGCGGGAAUGUUCGUCGGCAUUAUUUACCACAAAAUUCGGAAAAAUGAACAGCUAAUCAAAAAAUCAAGGAUCUUCAAAGUUCUCCAGUAUUUAAUCGUUCCACUGUUGCUAGCCUUCUUCCUUCCGGCACCCGUCUUCAACGAGCUGGACCUACCGAAACCAUCACUCUGGAUGGGCCUCUAUGCCGGUUUGCACCGUUGGGUGUUCGCCAUUAGUUUGGCCGUCAUUUUCCUAAUGUACAUAUUCAACGAAAGCGGCACACUGUUCGGUUGGUUGCGUGAAUCCAGAAUACUGCAGAAUGCAUUCAUUCGAGUAUCCGGUCGGUUGAGUUUCAGCAUCUAUCUGAUCCAUCUGAGUGUGCUGGAAGCGAUUCUUUCCAAUCAACACGAAGCCGUUCGAUUGUCGAUGGCUCUGAUGAUAACCGUGUUCUGUUCGGUUACCAUGAUCUCCUAUAUUCUCGCAUUUUUAGCGUUUGUUUUUAUUGAAAAACCGUGUGACAUUAUGUUCAAACAAUUACUGUCCGGAGGAUCUGGCAAUAGUGGACCCAGAAAAAAUGCUGAAGAGGGUCAAAACAACUCCUCUCGUAUGAUCAGUGUAAGCAUACAAACUCCAAAGACUAAGCACUGA